CUUCCCGCCAGCGCAGACGGGUUCGCAGACGACAGGGCGUGAAGCAGACGACGGGAAGGGGUGAGGAGCAGCGCGGCCGUUUGGUCCGUCUGGCUGGCGGUUGUUGGUUGGCUGGACAACGGCUGGUGGUGACGACGGCGGAGGCAAAGGCGUAGAGACGACAGCAGCUGGUGAUUUGUUGCGUGCAGUGGGCCAGUCGUUGCGAGUGACCAUUAUUUGUUCCGCAUUGUGGUCAAGCUUGGAAGGGAAACCGUUCCGCAUCUAGUACAGGUAGCCACCCGACCCGCAGUCCGUUGUUAUCUAACGGCGGCGGAGAAGGUCGGGAGCGAGAUUUUGGAGUGGCUCGACUUUCGGCGGAGAGCUGCUCGUCACGCAGCUGGACUUGGCGCGUGUUCGCCGGUUCGGUUUCCGAGAGGACGACGUUCUGUUAUUGCUAACGGGGUAUGGUGCUAAACAAACCGCGAACAAGCGGAUAGGAGAAAUCGGCAAACGACAGAUCCCACCAGCCACUGCGCGAAGCGGAAGACGACGGCGACAACGGUGGAAGCCGAAAGCGGACAACAGUGCAGAAGACGGAUCGCGGCAGUCAUUGCUACACUGCGAGUAAAGCAGACGACGCAGCUGGAGCAGACGACGCCGGGACGCCUACUGUUUGUACAAGAGAAAAAAACAAAACACUUAAAGAUGGCGGAAGCAGUACCUCUGUAACAGAACGGUUCGGGUUCGCUUUGAUUCUGUCUCAGCGACACACAAAACGACGAUCCACGGUUACCGGGAACGUCGACGUGCGAUUCAAGAUUUAAGGAUGCUGCAUGUGGUAAACCGGUGUGUGAAGUAGGUGUGACCGAUUUUGCGGCAUCGAAACGACAUUCCGUGGACACAAUCGGCGCCGGUGUGUUGCUUUUAUGUAUCGUGCGCCCGAAGUGGAGAAGGAGGUGUCGGUCUUGACAAGUGUAGGUGACUUAUUGGGAACCAGUGGCAUUUGUUUAGAACGGCCAAAGCGUUUGGAAGAGAACAAAAAUUUAAAGAGAACAAGGCCUAUAGGAUUUACUGUACUACUGUCGAACUGAUACUUUUUCUGUGUCUUUCAUUAUCCUACUGUGAACUGUUUAAGGACAGCGUGCUUUUGAGGUCACAGCCGGACAAUUUUUCGAAAAAAAUCUCUCGAAGACGUCUUGAUGCCGGCCGGAUUCAUGAUGGAUAUAUCUCGCCAUUCCUCGUCGAGCGAGCUCGGGGGACAGCUCAUGUCGCAAGGCGAGCAGGAACUGGCCACCAAGAUGCUCCAGAUCCAGUCCAAGAGGUUUUACCUCGACGUCAAACAGAACCGCCGGGGUCGCUUUAUCAAGGUGGCCGAGGUUCAGCAGGUGGGGGUAGUGGGUAGGAAAAGUCGUCUUCUCCUCGCCAUGUCGACAGCAGCUGAGUUCAGGGACCACCUGACAUCCUUCAGUGAACUGUAUGCCUCCUUGGGUCCCCCAAAUCCAGAGAACCUGCCUGAGGAUGGCAAGUUGAAAAGUGAGAUCAUGAUUAAGGACAAUAGGCGUUACUACCUGGACCUCAAGGAAAACUCCAGGGGGCGAUUUCUAAGGGUCUCCCAGACGAUAGCACGAGGUGGUCCUAGGUCCCAGAUUGCCAUUCCCGCACAGGGUAUGAUCGAGUUCCGUGACGCACUCACAGAUUUACUAGAAGAGUUUGGCACAGACGAUGGAGCUUUCAAAGGAGAACUACCCGAGGGGCGCCACAUGCGCGUAGAAAACAAGACGUUCUAUUUCGACAUUGGGCAGAAUACCCGAGGCAUCUACAUGCGCAUCUCAGAGGUGAAGAACAACUUCCGGGCAGCCAUCACCAUUCCAGAGAAGUCGUGGUCGCGCUUUAGGGACUCCUUUUCGGACUACGUCGAGAAGAUGAAGGAGCUGACAGAGAAGUCGGCCGCCGAGGGUGGCAAGUGAGAGCUGUCGCCUGACCGCCCGCCCAGACAGCCACCGCCCACCCUUCGCUCUGGUGGCGCCCCAGGGUCAUCCGGUGCAGCGACGACACCGUCGUGCUCCCCGACAUGCUGCACCGGCCUUUGGGGGAAAGCCGCCCCGUGGUCUUUCAGCAUCGGCGCGGCGCACCGACCAACCGACUGGCUGACCAGAGAGGAGAGGAGGAGGGUGUGCGCGACUGUUGCGGCUUCUUCUCUCCGCGAUGGGGUGCAACCGCUAAGCCACGCAGCGGAGGUAUUCCCGUCCCUGGCGCGGCUUCUCGACGUUUGUUUUUAGUGCACCCUGUGGUGGACAGCUGCGACGAUGACGAGGACUUUUGACAAAAUGAUGCCGACGAAAAAAAAAAUAUGUGGAAGAGCUUGGAAGACUUAGGCGACAAGAACUUUAUUUCGAGGAGACAGAAGGGGGGAGGGGGAAGAAAGAGAGACAGCUGGUGGUUGUGUGGAGGAAGACUGUGGUUGACUGUGGCCAGUCGGUAUCAUCGAUGGCUGGUCAGCGUGUGCAUGUGUGUGUUGUUUGGGAGGCCAGUCUGCGCUACCAAAGGCCCCUGUCGGUGUCGCCGAAUGGUCCCGCCUGCGCCGACGAGGGCCAUACAGCCGUUCCUGGAGGUAAUUCGAUGCCGUAUUGUCAGGAAGCGCCUGUCAGGCGGCCGGUGUUGCCUUCGUCGAGGGCUGCCUGGCACCGGCAGACAACGGUCAGCAUCAUCACAAAAGGCCACAUGGUGCCGUCGAAGUCGGCGAGCUUCGACAACUGUUGGUUCGUGAGGCGGCCCUGCAGUUCACUGUCGGCAGCGGAUACCACUGAUGAUGCUGGAGAAAAUCCGUCUUAGCUCGCCGUUUUUUUUUUCUAUCGUUAUCAUGUUUCUAAGACUGUCAUCAUCUAUUGUUUUGUACUUUUUUUUCCUUGUUUCUCACUGUUCCCCCUUGCCAAUGCUCCCUGUGUGAGUCGUGUCCUGGGCACGUACGAGAGCGAUAGCAUGUUCUUGCUGUUCGUGAUAAUUGAGCCUGCACAGCUGACGUCCCGGUGAUGUUGCGCUGCUGUGUGGUCUCAAGCCUUUGGAGGCGCUGCUCGAACGUAGCACAGCUGGGAAAGUGUGAGUGAAUGAGUUGAAAUGGCGAGGAAAAGAGAGACCUGGCUUUGGGAGCAUUGGCAAGUCAGAGUUUGCAGGGGCUCCGAGUGAGAGAGAGAGAGCGUGAGAGAAAGAGGGAAAGAAGUGUGGAGAAUUGAAGGUUUAAGAGAGUGGAUUAUUUGAUGGCUCGUCACUACUCCAGUGCUGAUUGGUUUUGGCACAAAGUUGUUGGUGUUGCGUCCAGUGCUCUCAAGAUCCUGUUCUCAGCGAGCACUGCCCCUUAGGAGACGUUUGUUGACGUGGGUAUUCUGCGAUCCUGUGCUGGCAGCAAGAAUCAAAUUGUGUGAUUUGCACCGUGGGGUAGUGUUUCCCGACGUGCUUGUGCUGGAGACCCUGCAUGCACCUUUUAAAACUGUUGAUGAAUACUGGAACACGAUCCGUAGCAUUUGUUUAUUUACAGUCCCCGCUGGUUUGGCGAGUAGUGCUGCAUUAUGUGAGUAGGGAGGCUGCGUAAGCUGGAAAGUGUCUUUUACAAGAUUGUGUAACUAAAUAUGUUUCAUCAUAUAAUAUGGAUUAGAAUGUGCACAAAGAACCUGAAGCUUUGUUCAAGGUGUAGAAAAGUCAGAUGCACACUACAAGAAUGGAAAAUAACUCCAAUAAAAGAGCUAAAAGCAUUCAGUACACAUGUGACGAUCUGUGUUACGUUAUUUAAAGAACAUGAACUCGAUGCACUGCAAGAAAGGUAAUGCAUUUAUGCUGGGAGAUUGUAGAACUGUAGAUUAUACAAGAAAUUGUUCUGCUAAUCUGUGUGAAUCACCUGAAGUAUCUUGUAUCGCUUUAUUUAGCUACAUGACUCUCUCAAAUGAGCAGAGGCAGUGUAAAACGUGCAAACAGGUUCGUAAGCUGUCGUAAGCGGUCAUUGUGAGCCUCGCAAUAUUUUUCUUAACGAAGAACCAAGUACUUGCUCUGCACUCAGAAAUGUUUUUGAAGAGUGCAGAGGGUCAGCAGACUAGCACUUGAGAAUCGCUAUCUCGGGGUAGCCGUGUGAUCUUGGGACGAUCCCGAAAGGUGUCCUGCACACUCGCAUACUAAUGCUUUUAAGGAGUACUGGCAGACGUUUUCAAAGUUGCAUUUCUAAAUUUCCACACAUCAAAGGACAGUGCUUUGCAAAUAUGAAGGUUGGGAAGCACUUUAGGCAGUUGAAUGUGAUACUAAAGUUGGCCUCAAAAUGCCAGCGUUGACGUCGCCGGUGCUACCGUGAUGUCAUGUCACCGAGGAAAACUUGCUGCCACCACAUACCAAUAAGACUAGGUAUGAUGAUGUUGCUCAUAAAAAAUAAAUGAGAGUGCUGUAGAGGUUUCCUUUGGCUAAACUCGCACGUGUGAGCCACAGCGAUCACAGUAGCACUUUUGGCUGGUUUGCAGGGUUUCGACGUUCACCGAAUGCUGAGAAACGCAGAGUCAGAUAUGCCAUGUUGGUACUCCUUUCAGCUCUGGAGGUGUGACGAGCCAUCAGGACAUGUGCCAGUCAGUUUGCCCGGUGAUACCAGAGUGAGAGAUGUGAAAGAUAGAGGAGUGUAGUCAAUGUUUUUUCAAAGGAAGGCACGCGACCAAGCAUCACAGCCCUCUUGACGCACACGCAGCUGACGACUAGAGCCAUCAGCGGUGUCUCUGGCACAGCCAUUCUGGGGAUGUGCUUGCGUCCAGUGUGUUCCCGAGUCGAAGCGCUUUUGUGGUCACCUUGCACAUUGGCGAUUCAGUACUUGGCACCUGACUGCGCAUUUACCACUGGUCAGACUGGCAAAUUUAGGGUCACUUUGAGUGAGCGCACAUUGCUUCACUACAUGUCACUUGACAGCUUGACGUUACACAGUAGAAUGAGGUGUCAUUCGGAAUUGAUGGCAGUAGUGAUUGGGUGGCUGGAAAAGCAUUCGUGAUGAUUGUUAUUGUUUGGAAAUGGGUCCAUAGUGCUUCUUUGUUUUUUGUAUUUGUUAUGAAAAUUAUAUAAGAAGGAACUCCUCAGACAGCGAGACCGUCGUGCACCUGGGCGAUCUUUUAAUUCACUGUAGGUUUGCAUGCAAAGCAAAAAUGUAAUGGUGCCCACUAAAAUUGAGCAUUGCAUGUUUGACGGUUCUUUUCGUUGACUGAAACGUGCAGUUAGAAUAAUGUGCAGGCAGUUUAUUUUCUUCUGUUUUCAUUUACCCCUAUAAAUGCUGUCGUCGAGGCUACGCAUUUUGAAAAAGGUAGACAAGUGGAGCGUUUUUGUCGGAUGCACUCAGCUGUCGAGUAAACUCGACACUUUCACGUGUGACAGCCCCCUAGUACCGAGCAACACUUGCUGGAAAUGACUCUAAGUUCGCCUAUCCCACAAGAAAAUGAGCCAUUCUUGUGUGUCUACAGCCGUCUCUGAUUUGUGUGUGUGUUAAGUAAGGUCUGUGAUGCGUGGUCACGUGACGGUUGUUGUUUGCAUCGGCAGCUUCUUGCCAGAGGCUGACCGGUUUUGUUGGAGUUUGUUCAGAGUUGAUUGCAUUGUUGGAGGAGCAGAGAGUCAAAAGGCAUUGUUGUUGAUCGUCUGACGCAAUGAAGUUUUUGUCUUUGGACGUCUGCAGUGUUGUUGGAAAGGGCUUGGUGCAACAUGACAGUUCUGAUGGUGGAAUGGUUUGGCUGGGACUUUCAGGAGCUGUGGAAGUACCGGAGAGAGAAAGGGAAUUGGAUCAUUGCAGAAGUGCUCAACUGCUCAUGGAGCUGUAGAGAUUGCAGUGUCACUGCUAUCUGGAGUUGAAAUACCUUUUUUUUUCUGCCCUCCUUUUUUAAGAGCUGGCACAGCUUAAGCAGUGGGAACGAACCUCUUGGAACAGUGCUUCGUUGCUGUGAGGAGCUUUCAAGUUAAGAGACGCUAUUAGCCGACCAACGCUAGCUUUGUGGCACCCCUAAUAUCGUUCGAUAUAUUUUCACACCACGGAUGAGAUGUUCUGCUGAUGGCAUGGCAUCGUCAUUAAUGGGACUGUGUGUCUAGCUAUCUAGCAUAGCUUGAAGGUUUCAGACGUGGAGCGCGCAUUUUGCAAGCCUUCACUUUGUGGGUGUUUCUCUCGCAAAGGUGCUAGAGCGUCUGAAGUCUGUCUGCACUAAAGGCGUUCUGUGAAGUGUGGGUGAACUUGGCGUUUGGGUAUAUACAGGCUUGUAUAUACAUAGCUAUUUUCGGGUUCCUCUUGUGGUAUUUGAUCGUGCUCAUGAUUUAGUCUGCAUGCUUCCGGAUGCUGUUCCCAGUGGAGUCUCGUCUUUUCUAUUCUCUCUCUCUCUCUUUUUUUUUUUUCAGGCAUGAGCACUUCGCUAUUUCUUCUGUAUCUGUUCCAGCCUAGCAUGCUGGUUGCAGAGGCUUCGCCCGUCAGCUUUUUGAAUGUUUGAACUUUUGUCGCAGUUGGCACAUAGUUGACAUUUGUUUACUUUUUCACAUUGCGCCCGUAAUUAUGUGCUGCUGCCACCUCCUUCUUGGUUUGUUCUUUACUGAAAGCUAUGUUGCACGACUUGUAGUACAGCCCUUGUGGUGAAAACACUGGGUCACCCAUUAUGCAGGCGAAUAGGUCGAGUGGCAAGUCGGGAGAAAGCAGGGUGACGUGCCGUUAAUGGAGCGUGUGAUUUUAGCAACACACUCUUUACGGAAAUGUUUUCCAUGUGCGUUGCAGUAAUGCCAUACCAUUCCCAUUUUCUGCUAAUUGCCUGUCGAUCCGCAUCAUUUCCGUAAGAGCAUGUAAAAACAGGAGUAAUUACUGGAAUGUGUGCAAAAUGUGUCAGUAGGGUUUGUACAUAGAACAGCCUUAGAGAAAAAGAAGAAGAAAGUGGAAACGACAGAUCGGAAGAGUAAGCAUCCUCUCUGAUUUGUCUGUCGUGAUACUUCUUUCCUUGGAGAAAAACAGGGACUGGGAAUGAAGUGGUCGAAGAAAGAGUGCAAAAGUCCUGAAGAUGUCGCGUGAGUGGGCAGUGCUUUUUGAUACGUGAAGAUGUGAAGAUUUUGCAAUAGUGUCACAUUGUCUUACGAAUGGUAGUGAUACCCAGACAUCGUGGGAAAGCGUUCUCAGAAACAGCCGUGGUUUCCAUCUUCAGAAUUUGUUGAGGUUGUUGUACAUGAAACAUUUGCAAUGUCACUGAGUCGCAUUCUUUGACAUUGCGCUAAGGCACGUUUCUGUGACUUGUUCCGUUUUCUUUGAAAAAUUGGUGUCGUGAGUCCCGCGACUGGCUCAUUGCAAUCUGUCGGUCAGUGAGUGUCCUGGUGCAAUUCUUAUAGAUUCACUUGUCUAGCUUAGGUUCACCUUUCAUUGCUGCUUCAAGUUUGUGCCACGAAUGGGUUACAAUGUGCAUUUUCCUCUGCGAACAGAAUUCUGCUUGAAAUUUGUGCUGCAGACAAAUGGUGCCUUUGUGGGCGUGUGUAAUCGAUGCAAGAUAUUCUGCAAGCAGGUUCUUUACUAUGAGUGAGGUUGCCCGAUUUCAGGAUAAAAAAUUACCCACGAAAUUCUAACAAAAGAAGUAGCCAAAACUAGCCAACCUGGGUAAAGGUGCAUGGGACUUUGCAAAACUUAUGUAGACGCUACAACAAUUUCAUGCUUUAGUUUUAAAUUAAUGUCGCUACAUUUGUCUACUUCAGACACUGUAAUUGAUGCACUUUAGGGACUUGCAUUGUGUUUUUUGUGUGGGGUUAGUGUUGUUAGUGUGGUGCUUUCUUGUUUCUUCGAUGUGGCUAUUUUUGACAAUUGUCUAUGUCAGGCUCUAAAGUUAAAUAUUCUGACAAUUUGGCCUUUCUCCGAAUUGAACUAAAUCUUGCUCUUAAGGCAGUACGAGGAUAUGGUAGCUGCAGUGUUGAUGUGGAAUCAAACCUCUGACAGACUACCAGUAGUGUGGCCAGGUAAAAGCAUGAUUGAAUUGGGUCAGUGAUGCAAUGUUUUUGAUCAUUGUCGAUGUGUUGUGCAAACUGCCCCUUUUGGCAACAAACAGAGCGCUAAUCAUGUAGCAUUGGUAUUUUCUCUAGGCCUUGCGCAAAUGUUCUAUGAUGGAUGCAAUGGGAGCUGUGUCACAGAACCCAGCAAGGAUGCAACUGCAAGGGUUGGCAUUGGAGAUGCUUUCUGUGUUCUUUCUCUGUGUUAAAAGCACUGCCAUCCGAAGCUGUUGGAGGAGAUGAACAAGGCAGCCCUAGCAUUUCAGAGAGUUGGGCCAAUGUAAGCCGUGUGUUGUACUAGCAUGACUAUUUGUGGGAGUAUUUUGUCUUCCCACGGGGCUGUGGAUGAUCCAACAUUAAGCCACAUUGGUCAUGCUGUAAUAACUUGGAAUAUGUCAGCCUUCUUGUGAGCACAUUGACUACACACAUUUCAUGCUUAGGCCUUUGUUGGCCUUUGUUGAGCUAUAUAAAUGUGGGGUACAGUUAUUCACUGCUAAACAUUAGCAGCAUAGAACACAAUGUUGGCACAACAUUAGGCCAUAAUUGGUGGUGAUAGGUAAGAUAUUGUGGUGUGUUAGGUCUGUCCUGGACAAUAAUAUGGUGCAGUGCAAUGCUGGCCCGUGAAUAGGCCAGCAUUGAGCCUUGUCAGACUAAAUGUUGGAUUGUGCUGGCGUUUUACUAAGUAAUAUUCGGCAUACAUAUAGCUAAUGUGGACCUCACAUUGGGCUUACAUAGGCCUUCCUCGUAUAGCUGCUUUGAGAGAGGAAGUCUGUCGAGACGUGGCGAGGCUCUCAGUUCGCAACCUUAUUGAGACUCAAGAUGACAACCUUGUCGUAUGCACCUUAAGCUGCUUUACAUUGCCAAUCUUGCUACUUGUUCUGUUAUCGUUCACUUCUCCUUUUUAAAAAUUUCUAGCGAGUCUUGCCAUCCAAAGUGUGCUCUGUUGGAUGCCCACUCCACUAGCUCCCAUAUAUGUUGCAUCUUUAUUUUGGCAGUGACUUCGAAUGCACUUGUGCAGAAUCUCAUGCAAGUGCAUGAGAUUCUUGGGGGAGAAUUUCCGCGAGUCUUCAGUAGGAAAUCACUACACCUUAGGGUCAGAAACUACGGUGAUGGCAGAGUUUGAAAUUAUUUUAUUCAUUUGACAUUUUUUGUAAACUGCUGUAUGAAAAAAAAAGCCACUUCUCACACAGGUAUGAAAGCACCCCAAUUAUACACAUAAUUGAAACUGAAGGUUUAGCUGUUGGCUUAGUAAGCCUGAACUCUGCAACGUAUUUCAACCUGGGAUUAGGGCUUCAUGUCCUCUGAUUAUUUAGGAGCUGCUUGAUAAUUGAUGCCUUAAGAUUCUCUAGCCGGUCUGAAAUGAAUAAAUGAACUGUGAAGUAAGAAAAAAAAAAGCCAGGAAAUUAAUUUUUUGCGCUGCUACUUCCAGACACUUUCUGUGCUUCUUGGUACUGGCUGCGUGCCCAUUAAACGAAUACAGUACACCUUGCUAACAGUUUUAUUUUUCUUCAAUUUCUUUUUGGGCAGUCUUGCCAUAUUCCUGAUUCAUCACAGUGAUUGCAGACUACAGCGCAUUGCCUGCACCAUUGAGCUGCUUUCAAUGGUCCUCCUUUUUCCCCGAAGUGUGUUUUUGUUUUUGUGCCUGCUCACAUCUUGUGGUGUAUUGUGAGCCUAAGUAGUAACAGAUGUAGCCACAGGGAGAUUGAAACAAGGCGUGCCGCUGUUGCCAGCUUGCUGCAUUUUCAGAUUGAUCGAAACCUGUUAUUCGACGUGACCAGUGUUCUGUGCCAGCGUCACUAGUUCCAUGAAGCUCUGCAUCGUUCACUUGGAACAGAUAAAGAUUUGUGAACGUUACAAUAAUAAUAGUUUUGAGGCAUUUAUCGGGCUUUCUUCGGGGUGUGUGCAUCUUUGGAAACGUGUGGAGGAGUUGCGGCACAUGAGCAGCAUUUGCAAGCAGUUGUCUUUAAUGCUAAAGAGUUCUGGUGUGUUCCAGUUCUUUACCUAGCUGGCUACUUCGCCAUCUUCACCAGAGAGUUGCCACUUUAAGUCCUGUUCCAAUCCAAAUAAAGAUGGCACAGAAGGCACAAAAUCUGUGAUGACGCUGGCAGCGAGGUCAAGAAAUCAUUUCUUCAAUGUGAGGCACUGUUUAGCUGGACUUCUCGUCAGGCUUGUUGUUGACAUGCAUUCAGUGUGCAUACUCUUUAGGUGAGCGUCAUCGGCCUUUGGAAGACUCAGCUUCGCAGAAGGCAGUGUGUGUGAGCCAUCAAAACUGCUACCAUCAGAGUGCUCAUCCAUUAGCAGCUGUUGUCUGUCGGGACACACUGUGUGCAACCACAUGGCCCAAAAUAUGGAAUGACAUAAAUAAGUGUGAUAGUACUUUGCUGGUUUUUAGAAGGAAAAGCUAUUUGAAAGUAACAGCCUUUUGGUUAUGCCUUCUUGACAAAAAUUUUGCACUAGGUGGCAAGCUAGCAUUGUCGAGAAUUGUUAAUAAAGUCACUGAAGCCUGCUUUCUUAUACAUCAAGAGAGGCAGUGUUGUUUGUUUUAGCAGAUUUGGGCGCAGAUUUUGUUGUCGGUACUCCACGCCUGCUAUAAAGGGUGGCACUGUCAGGUGACUAAAGGUUGUGCUAUUUCCAUUAAUGCCAAAGAUGGCUGUAGCAGAAAAUGACGUACUGUGCGUUAGUUUUUCCUGUAUGGGCCACUCUCGUUAAUGGGAGUGUUGAUAGUGAACAGCUGGGAAAUAUUUAUUUCCUGUUCAGUUGUCUCAAGUAAAAGAUUGAUGGGCUUAACGCUUUGCGUCCAUGGAGAACAAGAAAGGGGAGGUGGACUUCAUGGGGGCUGCUUUAUAGGGCACACAGUUGCAAACCUCGGCAGAAGGAAGAGAAGGCAUUAUUGCCUCUGCUGUACUCCGCGACAUCCUGAGAAGUCAGUACGAGCUUUGCCCACAAAGCCUAGCAAUACCUUCUCAUCGUACCUGUGCACUCCAAAACAAUUCCAGAGAAGUUCAUGCAAUUGUUUAAGUUUGAAUCCAUUGGACAUGACAAAAAUGAGUGAAGGUAAUUGAUUGGCAUGACUCUGCAAGUUCACUCUGCAUUGGACAGUUGUGUUAUUUGCCACGGCCUAAGUUGGUUGUCUUUGACUGUAAUGCAAGUUGCAAGUUAUGGUGGGCUUUGAAACUCUGUUUCUCCACAUUCCGCUAGCUUUUGUAAUACUGCAUGGAACUUGUGACGCUUAAGUGCAGGCACGGGCUUUUUCCAAUUCAUCUCUGUCGUUAACGAGAGGCCAGCUAUGUGGCAGCACAGCGGCACUGACAAUGUGUUCUCCAUCUCCGUGUGCAUGCUGUGCUAUGGCUAAGCUUUGCCACUGUUCAGCUCAAUGGGUGGAGUGUGUUGUGCACGUGCAGAGGGAGAUGUUUCUGCUUCAGCGCGUGUAACAUGAAACUUAGUCUGUGGGCUUGAACCCCUGUUUCGGGUCUUAAAUUUAGUGCCAGAAUUAUUCUGUCCAUAAAAAGACGACAUAGAAACUGAUACAAGUGUAUAGAAACACAUUCUAAGGGAAAUGAUGGUGUGUUGCUGGCAGCCUUAGUAGCAUGCUUGCCAUUAACCGAAUUCCUUUUUACUGUCUGUGGGGGAGUCCUGUGUUUGGAGAUGCCCCUGGCACUUCGUAACCUCAGCAUGGUGUACGCAUUCUUCAUGAACUGUCGAAUAGACUCCAUGCUAGGGUGUAAUCUAAGUGUGCAAAAGAAAUGUGCAACCUUGUCACACCUGCCAAUAUUGUGCAUGGAAACGGUGUAUACCUGCUGUGGCACCACUUUUGUUGAGGAAAAUUGCACGUGCAAUCUGUGUUUCAUGUUUAGUGGUGAAAUGUUGAACAUGGGCAGCUUGUUGCUGAACAUUGCAGUAGGAGCUCUAUGGUUUCUAUUGCAUCUAGAAUUUCCAGAGAGAGUGAGCAGAACAUACGCAUCCCUCUACAAAACCUAUAAAAUUAUUUCGAGUUUGACGUGAGCGGAAGCAUUUGAUGCAGGCUCCACAGAAGAGCUCUGUGAAUUCUGUUACAAGCUGACUGUCUAAAUGGUAACCUUGAGAAAAAAGACAAAGGUUGCAGAACACUUACCUGGUCAGACUUGUUCUCAGGCUCACUUUGAACAACACAGCCAGCAUAGUAUGAUGCCAAGCCCUUUAUCUUGGCAAUAAAUUUUAGCCAGUGGGAUAAAAAAAAAUGAACCUUAAGAUCUGGCUACUAUAGAAAUUGGUUGACCGCUAAGUGUUGCUGCUUUCUCAAAGCAACUGCUCUGUAAUGCCCAUUCUGACUUCAAGCAAGCAGUGUUGUCGUUCUGUGGGGUUAGUUCUGUAGGGUCCGUUUGGCAAUUCAAAGUAUGUUCCACAGCAUGAACCAUGCUCUUUGAUGCCACGCCUGAACUAAUGAAUGAUAUGUUGGUUAUGCAUGUGGGUUAUGUGGGUUAUGCAUGUGUUAUGUGUGGGUGUGCAUGUGUAAAUGUCUAGAAAGUGCCGUUCCCUAGGCACAGUCAAAGUAUGCAUGCUGAUGUGUUUGUGGUGUCUUUCUAAACCUUGCUGUGAAGGUUGUGGAAGAAAAAAAAAUAUAUAUGUCUAUAUUGUGAUUGGGCCACCCAUUAAGGUAUGUGCCGAGAUGUUGGAAGAGAAUAAAAAUUUUAAACACGUGAAUAGUGAAAAAAAAAAAAUAUUACACAGCCCUGCUUUGGUUCAUCAGCGAGGUCGACGGGUAGAAAGUCGUUCAGUCAUUAACAUUUUAGACACAAAUUCAUCUACACUAAGGGGACGUUAAGCAGGUGCAAUAUUCUAGGGCAGUCGCUUUUGAGGGUAUCAUCACUUCCACAAGAUUUCGUGUAACUUGGCAGCGCACGCAUCUGUAUACGCAGCUGAUAGCAGCUCUGAUGCUGUGCCAAUCUCGCUAUUUAUGCACAGUGCCAGGAAUGCUGUCUGCCGUGUACUAUGACACGUCCAGUGCCGAGUUGGGCAAAAUCUUGCAACAUUGACCUUAUCUUCGAGAGUGAUUGCUCAAGAAUACCAUCCCAGAAAUGUUAAGCCAAUUUAGACUGGCAGAAUAUUCUCCCAAAAUUAUGUCUGCACUUUUAGUGCUUUAUUAGUUAAUUAUUUAUUGCCUUCAAGAACUGUAGUUUUGAAUGGGCAGCCACGUUUCUUUUUUAUUUCUACAGUUUUAUGUUGCCAGGAAGUCUUUCCACAAACACUUGACUACUUGAGCACGAUCCAAUCCUGUGUUUCCUCCUCUAGCUUUAGAGUCUAUAUUAAAAAAAAAGAGCAAAUAUUGUUUGUACUAAUGCAUGAAUAGACAUGACCCUGUAGUGAAUAUAAACAUAGUAAAACAGCUCCUCUGUUUAUGAGCUCCUUCGAUUUGAAUUCUGUAACAUUCUGAUUGCAAGCUCUAUAGUAGAUCGGUAAUAGCUGCGUCCCCUCUGCCCGUUAACCUCGCCGAGUAUCUGCACUGUGCACCUUCCUAGCAUUGGGCACUACCCCUGCAUAUGUAUAACCAUUAUAGACUGCACACAUUGAUGUUCUUGUGUAUCUUGACUGCCCCAUACUGACAAAGCUGUACUGUGAUAUUAGGAGACUCCAUCUUGUGGAGAGCAGUGGAGUUCCUCAAACAUGUUUCUCCUUCUCUCGAAGCCGUCUGUUGUCACCAUGCUGCCGUCCAGUAGCCUCGCCACACGAGAAGAGUUCAAUGCCAGUCGGCCUGGACGAGUCACGCUUCUGCACGCACAUUGCGACCGUAUUGCGGUGCUGAGGGACAGCCUCUGAUUUGGCAUUUCCGAAUCACACCUUUGGUUAUCGCGGCUGUGAUGCACCCCAGUUAACCUGAACAAUGUUGUUCUUGACACUGUGGCGAGGGUAUUGCACGACUUGUGCUUUUCCCGAUGAGCAGCAGAGCCCUUGUAUGGCGCAGCGAUGUAGCGUGGCCAUUGUGGCACGUCUUGGCUGUGCACUGAGUACAGUCGAACCCUUGAUGUCACCAGAAUAUAACGAGCUCGGAUAAAAUGAAUUAUUGGAUGUAAUGGAGUAAAUUUGAAAUAUUCCUUGCUGACAUCACUAUGUAGCGAAUACAUUCUUAUAAGAAAUAUUGGAUAUAAUGACGGUAUUUUCAUGUCUGGUGUGCUUUUGUUAAAAUGCGGUUUGAUUAUGUGACAGAUGCAGAAAGUGACGUAAAAGUAAAUUAUGCUCAUGCUCCCAUAGCAGGUAUUGCGCGCUGUGCCGGCCCACUUUUAUAUCCGUAAGGUGAGCUGUGUACUAAUGUAAUCCAGGGUUCGACAGAACACUGUCUGGUCAGGUAGAAGCAUCUUCGGUAUAUCAGGUCACUGACCAAUGUCGAAAACGCAAAGCUUGACAUUUCGGGAUCUGAGCAGAUCCCGAAAUGUCAAGCUUUGUGUUUCUCGCAUUGGUCAGUGACCUGUUGUACUGAAGAUUAGUUGUAAUGUUGACCUGCAUCAACCGGCUUGCUAUUAGCUGCCGAUGCAGCGAGGUGCUGCUAGAACAUUGCUUCACCAGUCUCGCUGAGUUUGUCGAUAAUGCCAGGAAUAUAAGAGAGGCUUUAAUCUCGAACCCAACUGUAAAAUCCAAGGGCUUUGCUGCAACAUCAAAUUUACGUGCUGCACUGGCAGUUUUUUCAGUGGGCUUUCAACUGGUUUCUAUGGACUCUUUACUGUCACGUAUGAUUGGUGCUGCCGUCAUGCAUUUUGAAGCACUCCCUCACAAUGCCACCAAGCAGUCUGUAUAUUGCAUUUGACUGCUGUACCUAUUAGUGUGCCUAUGUGGUAUGUGUGUUGUAUGAAUGUGUGUGCAUGUGGCCGUAGUGUGUAACUGUAGGCGUGCAUGUGUGUGCAUGCGAUGAAAGCAGUGAUACGUCAAUGCCAUCUCUUUUGUCUGAUGAAAAUGCUGUUUGUUGACCUACUGCCUUGCAUGUUGUGACAUGAACAAGCACUGUUUGAGGAGCUCGUGCAGCAUGUUCCUGCUAAAUUGCCUUGUUUUGCUAAUCAAGGAGGCAUUCACACAGUACUGUUGCUGAGGCAGACCACUGUUAUGUACUUUCUUCUAUUAAAGGGGCCCUGCAACACUUAAAGUUAAUGAACAAAAAGACCCACCUGGUCACUCGGUCGUUGUCCUCGACAACUGAGCCAAAUGUACUGUGCCUUUGCACAUGGCACAUGGAAAUUUGCAUCGUAACGUUGCUCAUUCUUGUGGUUGCUUAUCCUUAAAGUUGAUCCCCUUUCAAGGGUAUAAAGACCUUUUAGCUAUCAUUUACUUAUUUAAAUGUAUGUUGGAGACAUUCCUGUGGAGCAUAGGGCCAUAGAGAGCCUUUUGCAUGUCAUGAAAAAUGAUUAUAGUGAAAAUAUUUUAGUGACAAAAUCAAUGGAAACACUUGCAGAAAUAAACCCAAUAUGCAAUACAUUGAAAAAACUAAAGGUUAAGUAAAGGAUAAGUAAAGCCAAAUGACACAGUAGCAAACAACCGUGAACCAACUGUACUAUGUAGCCAUCAGAAGCAAAAGUCUACAAAGCACAUCAGAAAAACUGGAAAGACGAGCUGUUAGUUUUGUCGCUUGGUAUGUGUUAAUAAGCGUUGAGAGCUUCUUCUUGUUAUUUAUGUAAGAAAUGAUGUCUGGAAUGGCGUACCACAACUAAUUGGCACAUAAAAGCACCGAUGAAUCAGACAGCCAUGCUGCCAUUGGUUUGUGUGGGGCUGGUAAUCUCGACAUCAUGCAAACUGACUUGCAGAGAAAGAGCUCAAGAAAUUCUAAAGAUAGAGAUGUCAAAAUUUAUUUAGAUUCCCUUCAGCUGCAGGGAUGAUAAACCACUAAGAAGAAAGCAAACUAAUGUACCAGCUGUCCUUUCUUUUAUAAGGUCCAAAAUUUACGAAAAUCGCCUGCAUCAGAUAGCACGAGUCUAUCCCCUGGUCUAAAUUACUCAAUGAGGUGGCCAUUACUUCUACGAGAAAUCAAAAUGUCUCAUUAAAUAAUUACUGUAGCUAUGCUAAUGAACUUUUAAAAUUAAUUCCUUUGUAGCACAUUUAAGUAUACUAAUUAUAGCCGGCGAGCUCGCAAGGCGUAUCCACUUGGAACAAAUUCUCUGGACUGCACCAAUUUCGAGAUAUCAAUUUUUAAAGUGUUCGACCAAAUGCAUUAGUGUUGCAGUUACUUUUGUGCUUCAACGCACAAAACGUUUUGUUAAAAGGAGUAAUUGGAAUGCGAAUGCAUUUCGUAAGACACUUUGAAAGUUAAUAGGUUGUAACUGGUAAAGUCCAGAGAAAUAAUUCCAAGUGGGUAUGCCUUGUGAACUCACCGGCUGUAAUCCGUAUAUUUAAAUACGUGUCGUAAAGUAAUUAAUUAACAUGUUAAUUGGGGUAAUUAUCUAACUAGACAUUUUGAUUUCUCUUGGAAGUAAUGGCCGGCCCAUCAAGUAAUUUAGAUGAAAGGUUAGAACUGUGCUAUCUUCCACAGGCAAUUCUUAAAGACGUUGGGCCUUAAAAAGGAAGAAAACACCCAGUAAAAAAAAAGCCCGGCAGAGAAAGAGCAGAUAGCAAAAUAUUUCAGAAGGCCAAGCUGUAAGCAUGCAUGCAGAAAGAAUAAUUUUCUUUCUGUACAAACCCCUGCUUUUGCUGACUGUGAAGUACAGCUUGUUGUGCGUUAGGAGUAGCAAAAGGAGAUCAAAAUCUUGCUGCUUACAAAGAUAUUUUGCAAUUUCGCCUUGCAGAAUUCAUUGGAAGAACUUGUUCUUCUUCUUUUUCUUUCUUUUCUUUUUUUAAAGCAGACAUUUGGGAGGUCAUGUGUUAUCAUAUUCAGGGCGCUUCGAAGCUUCGUUCAAAAGUGCCAUAGGGCCCCUUUAAGUUUGACAAGUUCUAGUUUUUGCUUGGAACUUGUAGACGUAGAUAAUUGAGGAGGUACCGACACAGCAGUACUCUGCAUUCCUUAAUAAGUUGUGGAGCCUUCACUUGCUUUGUGUUCUGGGUGGUGAGUAAGUUUUGUAAUGCACGUGUCUUUAUAUUUGUCAUAUAUGCAGCGAGGCUUGACUGACAGGCACAUGCAAGUAAGUGCUCGAGGUCCACGUCUUGCUGUGUAUGUGGUGCCCAGCAGGUUGCACAUCUGUUUCCAGUGGCUGUGCGGGCAAAAUAAUUUAGCUAGUAUAAGCCCAAUUAAUGGCUUGGUGCAGUGCCUGGAUUUUCCUCGGACAAUUGGAACAGUGUGGGGCCACAGCAGAGUACCUCGUUACCAUGUUUAAAACCUGCUUGCAGAUCAAUGUUGUUAACUGCAGUCUUCUGUCAUUCAGACUAAACCUUGUUUUGUAGCAAUGCUAAUGACAUCAUUGCUACUUGAAACACAUGUCCAAUGAAUAUCAAGGGUGUUUUUUUUUUCCCCGGCUAGAAAGAACAGAAGGCAGCCUAAUGACGUGCGGCCCUUGUAGUUUGGAAACAGCUGGCUCCUUGCCUUGUAGUGAAUUCCUGCUUUUGACAUGCAAGGGUUUGAGUGCUUUGUGCCUUUUCUGCGUCCUAUGUGUUUUGCUUAGAAGGGAAUCUAGCUCGACCCUGCAGGGAAUUAGUGAGCCAGCCCAGCCCUGCAGAUUACCUUGUAGCAUUGCUUCAGUGUUCUAGUGGUUGUCAUGGCUAUGUGCUGAUCACGUCUGGGCUGUAGGUGUUCUUUCCAUGACCAGGUUUGAAUUGAGGAGCAGUGUAUAGGACAUGCAAAGACGCUGUGGGUGUGUUCUUGACGUUCGCAAUAUAGGAUGUUAACGGCAUCAGUACUCUACAUUUCGACGUGUUUGGGUCUGUGCGGGCAGGCAGUGGUGUUGGGACAUUGAUUUUUUUUUCUGUGUACUUUCUAAUCCCCACAGGCGAGGAACCUUGCACAAUCUUUUCUUUUUUUAAUUUUCAGUUUUGCAGAAACAUGAUUGUUAUGUAGCGGAAGAUGUCCUUAUAGGCAGGUUAAUUGCAUGAAACUCGUUUGGGCGAACCCUUUCCUUCUUGUAAAGUUCUUGUCGCAUUGCAUGUUCCUCAUGUAGAGCAGGGCAGAACUCUGCUGUGCAGCAGAAAUGUGGAACGUGGGUGUCUUCCUAGCAGCAGACGAAGGUGAAACGAAAAUAUUGUGAAAAAAAAAGAAAAAAAAACUGUGUUAUGAUGAUGUGUAGAGGGCGUCCAUCCAAGGGGAAACACAGCAUUCAGUAUUCAAGCGCUCGUAGAAGCUUGAGUUUCAAACAAAGACCUGCAGACCAACCUAUCUUUGGGAAUUGGCCACUUGUCUUCUCAGUUGAGAAGAAGCAUUCGGUUGCCGUGGAUACUAAUUAAGGUCCAUGUUCACAAAACUUCUCUUAGGUAGCUGCCAUCUGCUGUUGGCCAUCACCGUGUCGAUCAUCUUGUCGUCAUCUCAAUUGCUAACUUGAGUGGCAGGUGUCUAUAGGCCAGCUAGUGAAAAAGCAUUCUGUAGAGAAGUUUCGUGAAUGCACGUCCAUGUGUUUUCCCCUAGAUGUAAACGACCCACGUACGCCUGUACACAUUUCAACUAUAGAACCUUGCGCCGUAAGUGUGCGAGCAUUUGUUCUGUUCAAGAGCGGGAAGCUCUGUACAUACAAGACUCUAGGUGAGGGCAAAAGGAGGGAGAGCAGGAGCAGCACCAUUGGUCAGUUGCAGUUUGCUUCAUGCAUCAAUGGGAGUACGAAAACAAAGCAAAAAAAAAAAGUGUGGCGAGGACAGAGUUGAGCGGGUGUGUGCUUUCUUCUUGAAUGUUGUUUUUACUGCCUCAGCUGUGAAUUGCCAAGGCCUGUGUUGUUUGUACUAGUAAAGAGUAUUUGUGCGUUCUUUCUCUAGGAUGAGCAUUGCAGCCUCCCCACAGGUGGGGGUGGAGUUGGGGUGGGGUGGCUCGCUACAAGAGCAAUCAGUUCUCGUGAGUUGUCUCGUUGUUGGCGCCUUUGUUUACGUGUCCGAGGGGUCGUCUGCAAACUAGUGUAUGUGCGUUAAUUAGCCAGCACGCAGUGAAUUUGAUCGACGGGGGGGAAGAGGAACACCUCCAUGCCUCAUAUGUAAUGUCACCCCAUGACUGAACUUGGUUUUCCAGACAGAAGACAAAGUAUUGCAUUGUUUUUUUUUUCACCACUCUUCUUUGUCUGGGUGCUUCGUACACUACAGGAUGUGAUUUGCAUCCAUCGCAGCUGUGCUCAUGAGGCAAUCUGUCAGAAUUGUUGCUCGUAAUUUUGUAGAACCAGCAGAGACACUUGUCGUGUCGACUUGGGAAGAAGUUGACUAAAAACGUCGAGUGGGCUCGAGCUCAUUGUGACACCCUCGCAGGUUGAGGCAACCGUCCAAAGCUAGCAGGCGACCAUUUUGCAGCUCUCUCUAUACUGUCGGUUUCAAAUGGUUGCUCCCUCCGCCACCAAUGGUUGUUUGCUGCAGGCCGACAGGUUGCCCAAAGCCUGUACCAGUGUCGCGUGUCCCAUCAUCGCCUGCCUAAUUUUUUACAGAGUAUGGGGAAAACAAUCUUUUGCAGCGACUUAAUGUUCUGAGAAACAAGGUGACAAAGAGCCAGCAUUAAAAAAAAAGAUGUGCAUGAAAACACAACCUCGGACCGAUUGUGUUCGGUCGUUUAGAAGAAAAACGAAUGACACUGUUGGAUUUCCAUAAAUAAAGACAAACUUCAUUA